AUGGUUGACAGAGACUUUCAGAUACCAUCAUCCUUUGAUCCAUUUUCUGAGGCCAAAAAGUCAGAAAAUUCCAAAGGAGGCUAUGUUCAUCUCCGGGUUCAGCAGAGGAAUGGGAAGAAAAGCAUAACCACUGUUGAAGGCCUUAACCAGAAUCUCAGCUACACCAAGAUCCUGAAAGACCUCAAGAAAGAGUUCUGCUGUAAUGGAAAUGUUGUCCAGGACAAAAACCUUGGCAAGGUGAUUCAGCUUCAGGGCGAUCAGCGCACCAAUGUUUUAAACUUCCUUGUCAAAGAAAAGCUUGUGGAGAAGAGCCAGAUCAAGGUUCAUGGUUUUUAAGGGGGUGGAGCCCUGUGAUUUGGAGAAUGUUGUUGUAUGAUCAGGGUGAUUUUGUUGAGUUUGUUUUCACUUUUCCUUGUUUUUAUGCUUCUCUGUUUGGUGAAUUUGUAUUCUGGUUUGGAUACCAGACUGUUGAGGUUUGAUUAAUAAUGGAAACUGAAAUAAUUGAAGUUUCAUUAA